GCAGAGUAAAUACCAAAUAAAAGCGUGUCACAAAAUGUGUACUUGAAAUAUGUAAAAUGAAAUGAAAUAUUUAACAAAUGUAAAAAAUGAUCAGGGAGAAAAAUUUAAACAUUUUCAGGUUAUUUAGGUUGCAUUCUAUGUAUUGCUCCUUUUAUAAUUUAAUAUAUUCUAAGGUGGAAGAGUAAUUUUUGUUUAAAUUAAAAAAUACUUGUACCAUGUUGCACGAAGUACUGUUAUCAUUAUGGGGAUGUUCAACUAAUGCUUUUCAAAUAUUAGAAAACAGUACUAUAGAUCUUGAAAAAUACUUACAUCCUGGAGAACGAGUGUUACUUAAAAAAAUAUUGGAUAUAGUUGAACAAUGUAAUAUUAUCAGGAACUUUAUUCAAGGAUGUACUGCAAUAGAUAUUUCAAAAUCCAGCGAGGAACUAAAAAAUGUGCCUCAUGGCUUAUAUUUACAAGCUCUUUGCGAAGGAAUGGAUCAUGCUUUAGAACCAUUUCGUGAUGAUAUUGUUGAUUUAGAAAAUGUAGUUCUUCAUGACAGUUAUACUCCAUUGUCAUUAAUUCUUUGUCGUGUUCAAAAAUAUGUAUGUCUAUUUUCUGUCUUAAAUUCUAUCAUACAAGAGAUUCGUACACAAAAAACACAUGGUUGUAAACUGCUACAAUGUUUGCAUCAGAAUAUGCAUACUGGCAUUCCUGAAGUAAAAUUAGCUUUAGAAAAGAUGGCUUAUUGUGUACAUGUUGUUUUUUAUAAACACUUAACAAGUUGGCUUUUAUAUGGUCAUUUAGAGGAUGUAUACAAUGAGUUUUUCAUUCAGAAAGUAUCAGAGAAUCAAAGUAGUUUAAUACUAGUAGAUAAUAAAAGUAAUUGUAUGGAAUCAAUGAACGCAAAAUUUAAUGCAGAUAUGUGGAAUUAUGAUAUUCAAAUAGACAUGCUUCCUUCUUAUAUUAGACCGUCUUUAGCAACUAAAAUUUUGACCAUUGGUCAAACUAUUAUAAUGUUUGGAAAUGAUCCAAGGCAAAAGAAAGACUUUUCAACAGUUGAUCAAAUAGAGAACCCUAUAUGGGGAGAUAAGGAAUAUGAAUAUUUUCUUAAAUUGCAAAAUCUUCAGAAGAAGUCUAUUUUUAAUAUUAUUGAAUUUGAACAUACAAUCGAUGAAUUAAAGCAAUGUAUUACAGAACUUUUGUGGCGAGUUGCUGUUGAAGAAGCACAGCUUGUGCAACAACUUAAACUAGUGAAAGACUUCUUUCUUAUAGGAAGGGGCGAUUUAUUUCUUGAAUUUAUUAGACUCACUGCACAUUUAUUAAAUAAGCCACCCACAAAUCACACAUCUAGAGAUAUCAAUCUAGCUUUUCAAAUAGCGUUAAGAAAGAUGCAUUUAAACGAUGAAAAUGCUAUGGAUAGCUUUAAUUUUAUAGUACCGGUUCCGUCAGAAGAGAACGAUGAUGAUGAAGUAGAAAGUACAGAAUUUACUGAGAAGGAGCGUGAAGAUCCUAUUGAAAGACGCGGAUGGGGUAUGAUUAUUUUAAAGUACAAAGUCGUGUGGCCAUUGCACUUAUUAUUUAAUCCAUCAUCUUUAAAUGAUUAUAAUACAUUAUUUCGAUUUUUGCUAAGAGUUAAAAAGACACAAAUUGAUUUAUGGAAUCUCUGGAGUGAACACAUGUAUUGUAAAAACAUUGAUAUUGGUGUGAUUCAGUUAAGAAACAAUUUAAUUUUUAUUAUUGACAAUUUACAAUAUUAUUUACAAGUAGAUGUAAUAGAAAGUCAGUAUACGAUAAUGGAAAUAAAUAUGAAGAAUACUCGAAAUUUUGAAGAUGUACAGAAAGCACAUUCUAUUUUUCUGGCUAAUGUUAUGUCACAAACAUUUUUAUUAGGAAAUUCUACAGAAAGAAAAAAUCCUGUAAAUAAAUUAAUCAAACUUUUACUACGACUCUGUGACGAUUUUAUCUUGCAAGCAUCAAUGUGGGAAGUAGGUAGUUUACUUUUGACAGAAAAACAAGAGCUUAAAACAUUAUCUGAUACUCUAGAGAGUUUAAUGGGAUGGCUAACUAAAACGUUAAAUAGAGUACGUGCACAACCAAGUGGAGAACAUUUAGCUCAGUUAUUAUUGAGGCUGGAUUUUAAUAGAUGGUUUAGCAAAAAAAUGUAAAAAUAAAAGUAAAUGCUUCACUUCAAUAGCAGUUGUUGGAAGGUAAUGCAAGAACGUACAGUGAUGGAUUUAUAACAUUUGAUUUGAAAAUUAUUUUGUUACUUGUAUUUAAACCAAAUUUAAUGUUUAUUAUAACUUAUGAUACCUAUUAAGAAUUGAAUUUAAUACUCGUACUUGAAGUUGAAAAAUACAAUUGCGUAAAUUUCAACUUAUUGCUUCAAUUGUUAAAAUACGAAUAUGAAUAAUAAUUUUAAUAAUAAUUCUGAAAAGAAAUGUA